UAUGCUUCAUCUGGGGCAAAGUUUUCGAUCGAUUUAUCAACCCGAUCGCUUUCGAGUAUCGAAUCAAAUUCAUCUUGGACUUUUCGAAAGCUUGUUGCAUAGUUUCUCUAAUGGAUUCGUUGGUUGGAAAUAGCCCCAGGGAACAACUUCUUGAUGAACCCGGGACCAUAUGCACUUUGAAAAGAUAUAAUUCCUUUCACAAAAGACUCUGGUCCAUCCCACUAGGAAAAUGGCAAGUGGCAAGAAGUACGGCUCCUCCCUAAAUGGCUAGACGAUGAGAAUCCCCUUUACUUUCUUUAGCCAAAAAAAGAGAGAAGGGAGAUAUUCACCGGUAGCGGAUCGGCUUAAAUGGUAAAAAAGGCGUGGUGAUUUUAUAUUGAAGUUUUGUUGGGAGCACUUUAGGAGUAAAAUUCCGAAUGCACCAAGCUAAUAUGAAAGAGUGCACCCUUAAGAUUUUCCAUGAUGGUAGACUAAUUGAGGUAUGCAAAAAUUAACUAGAACAAUCCUUUCGAGGGUAGAGGUAAUUUCGAUUUUAAAACCGACAACAAACUUAAUUAAAUGUCUGAUGUCCAUAUCAGCUAACCCCACCAGCAUUAGAAGUCUUAAUAAAAGGAUACAGCUAAGAUGCUACAAAAAAGAAGAAGAAGAAGAUGAAGCUCAAAGGUCGGAUUCAAUCAUGAACAGAAAGGGGAAAAUUCCAACUCAAGGCAUGGUUAGACUUCACGCUGAGCUUAAGGGAGGCCAGGAAGAUGAGGAGGAGUUCUUGACAGAAUCCCACCCCAGCUGCAAAACGUGAAAACCAUGAAAGAAGAGAUAAGAAAGACGAUAGUGAAAGACAGCUGAGUUUUGGUAGUAACUGAUUCGAUGGGCUGGAUGGGCUGGUUCUCGUUUUAGUUGGGGGCGAAAAUGACGUGGACGGUGGAGAAAAGCAGAGAAGACUUUACUAGGGGACUUGUCUAGUCUAGACGAUGCCGCAGCUCUGCUUUCAACCAUGCAGGCAGGCUUGUGUUUUUUUGGGAAUAGACGCGUGCCCUGGAUGACUGGAAAACCUGCAGAUCGUUCCCACGCGACGAUGCUCGACACGCUCACACCUCCCCUCUCCACGUGAGACCACGUCUCCCGGUUCACUGCAUCGAGAGAAGGAUAACGCCUCAGGACUGGACUGGGGGACUCUGCAGCAGCUUUUUUGGCCCCAAAGCCCCAUUUCAUCCUUUGGACUUUGGACUUUAAAUCGCUCAUCAUCAGGAGGAAGAUGCCAAAAGAGAAAAGGAAGAAAAAUUUGCAGUUUGGUAAGGGGUAUUUUAAUCGUGCUUUGACCAAUUCUAAUUACACUUAGGACGCACUAAAAAUAGAACACGUUUCUGAGGAGAUUCUGUUAAUGGUUUGGGUGUACUUGUUAGCUAUGUUAUAGCUAACGAUGAGAUACCGGGAGGGUAAGAUACAAAUUAUACAUAUUAAGAUGAUAAAUAUUGUAUGAUGAAAAUCAGAACACUUCUCUUAUAACAUGUGACGCUUUGAGAGUUGUGUUUAAUAGCAAAAGAUUUAUCUUGUCAAUAUCAGUACGACGCGGUUGUAUUUUACCUAGAAUACACCAUUUCAGCAUAUGCAUUAUACAUAUACCUUCUCUGUGCAAUAAUUCACUAAUUAGGGUCAGUUGACUUAGCAAUUGGCAAUUACACAUGAGUACAUAGCUCUAAACUUAAUGACCUAACAUAAGUGGCUGAGAUCACGACGAUCAUCAUAAGCAUCUCGAUACGCAAGACGUGAUAGGUUUCAAAAUUCGUAGGUAAGGUAUUUUCUUUGUUCUAAGGAUUUUAGUAUUUUAGAUUAUCAUCCGAGAGAUUUAAGCAACCCGGCCAUAGUACUUCUCGUACUCGUUGCCUUGGUAUCUUGGCCGUCUAUCUUGUUCUCUCUCUCUCUCUCCCUCCUAAUUUCUCAAACCUCUCCCUCUCUCUCUCUCCUCUACAUGUGAAGACAAAAGUGUGUCGAAAUGCUCUUGGGCAACUGAAUAAAUUAGCAAUAGUUAGAGAGAGAGAGAGAGAGAGAGAGAGAGGGGUAGAAGCCGAAAUCGACAGAGAAAGAUCAGACAAGAUGGAGAAGAAGAGAUCAGACGCGGAGGCGGAGGUGAGGUUCUUCGAGAGCAGCGAGGAGCUGUCCACGGGGCUGGCCGACUACGUGCACCACGUCUCGGAAUCCGCCGUGAGGGAGAGAUCUUCCUUCUCCCUCGCGCUUUCCGGCGGAGACAUUCCCGAGCGCUUAGGGAAGCUGGCGGGCCUGCCGUACUUGAGGACGGUGGAUUGGGCGAAAUGGCAUCUGUUCUGGGCCGAAGAGAACGUCGUCCCCAAGCGACACCCCGAUAGCUUCUACAUGCAAGCCAAGCAACACUUCAUCUCCAAGGUUCCGAUACCGCCGGCCCACGUCGUCCCGGCGGGCCACGAGAUGCCGGGCGAGGCGGCCGCUGAUGCCUACGAGUUCUCCGUCCGCCAGCAGGUCAAGAACCGGAUGGUCCCGGCGUCUCCGGCCUGCGACUGCCCCCGAUUCGACCUCGUCCUCCUGAGCCUUGGGCCCUGCUCCGAGGUGUCCUCCCUUCAUCCCAACCACCCCGUCCUCCGAGAGGGCUCCCAGUGGGUUGCCCCCGUCUCGGUGCCCGGCUCGCAAAGGGAGCGCCUGACCUUCACGCUCCCCGUGAUCAAUGCCGCGGCCAAUGUGGUGAUCGUGGCCUCCGGGAGCGACGUGGCUCGCGCCUUCUGUGAGGCCAUGGCGGACCGGAGGCCCCUCGCGUUGAGCCCUGCCCAAAUGAUUCAACCCAUUGACGGGAAGCUUGUUUGGUUUGUCGACGCAGGCGCCGCUUCGCUGUUUUCCGGUGGCGGAGCAGUUGCUUCCACAUCGAGUUCAUGACGAAAUCCAGUGAGCGCGAUGGAUGUGAUCAAGAGUCUAGACGUUCAUUUAUACAAGCAAUAGAUGUGUUUGUAUCGUGUGUGCACUAAGGGGUCGGAUUCGCUUAGAGUGGUGUUUCUUUUAUGCCUAACAAUUAUGGUAAUGUUCAGGUUUCAUUUA